AGGACGUUGUCGUAAUGAAACCGUCGAAGCUCCUCCUGAUACAGGUGGAUUCUGAUGGAACAACGUUUUACCACUGCAAAUUUUGUGACUACAGAAGCAAGAAUCAUACCAACGCCAAGGUGCAUCAGCGCAUUCACUCAAACCACCGACCACACGCGUGUGAUUCCUGUCAGUACGCUUCCAACUCGGCAUCCAACCUGAAAAAGCAUCUCCUUCAACACACGAACGUAACUUUCACAUGCACCCACUGCUCAUACGCCACCAAAUCAAAGCAAUAUCUAAAGAAGCACAUGAAAUCGCAUACAGCCACUCGUCCUUCGCUAAGUUCCCCAACAAACAUUGUUUCCUCAAACGAUAACUGCGGCGCAAUUAAAAACAAUAAUAAUAAUAACAACCAUAUUGUUGAUGUUUUCUGGUGUGCUCUCUGCCACCUUUACGAAGUGCCCGAACGCGUCGAAGAUCACCUCUGUUCAAGCAGACACUUAUCGAUGUUGUCGAAAUUCCCACAUCGAUGUGGACAAUGUGAAGCGGGUUUCUUUGAAAGUACAAGUCUGAAUAUUCAUCGACAAGUGGCUCAUCCUUCGGAAUCAAUCUCGGUCGGGAGCGCUACUUCGGGAUCUCUGUGUUUGACCAGGUCUCUUCAUUGUCCUCGCUGCAGCUUUUCUACUAUAUCGUCAAUUCUGCUUGAGGCACACGAAAGCGUGAUUCACGGAACAUCUCCAUCGUUCGCAUGCGACUGGUGCGGUCAGAAAUUCCUACUCGAGGCGAGUCAACGAGAACAUGUCCUUCAACGCCUUCUGCUUCAAACAGUCGAGCGGCGCGCGCGAUUGGCGUGCUCGUUCUGUCUCAAAGUAUUUCAGCACAAAGAUGUCGUCCGAAAACACGAGGCUGAGGAACAUUCCGAGAUUUCGAGUGCAGACCGCAUCCGCUGCUGUGUAUGUCGACGGAUCUUUCGAACGAAAAAAUCACAUCGGGAGCAUUUCUGUAGAAAACGAAACCAUGAGGAGCCCCCACUGCACUGCACAGCUCCGACUGUUUCAUCUACAGGGAGAUAAUUUGAAUAAAGUUUAGGAAAAAUCUGAUACCAGUACAAUAUGAGUCUCUGUAGCCACUGUUUGAGUAUUUAUAAAAUUAUGAAAAUGUGUAGAUAUGAUGAUGUCUUUAUUAUAGAUAUUACGAAAGAAACAAUCGAAAAACGCAUUAAUUGCCCUAUGUUGACAUAGGUACCCUAAUCAAGCGGUUUGGCUACACAUUGUAAUAUUGAAGUCAUGGAAGCUCUAUAUAUGGUUCAGUUUACGAUUGGCGUUCGUGAUGUGAACGCACACGUGAGAUUGUACAUAUAACGUGAAGUAAGUGUCAUGCUGAAUUCGUAAGCGACAUU